AUGGCGGUGACGUGGCACGACCAGAAUGGAAAAACCGAAGGGGACCGCGGGCGGUUCCAUUUUGGGAAUGUUGAAACACUGGAAAGAGACUUCGUGCUUUGGAAGCUUCCCAAGAGAUGCGGGAGAUGGUGCAGUGAUGGUGCAGUGAUGGUGCUAAAUUUGGCGUGGAAGUUGGAAAAGGAGAAGCUGGAGCCAGCCCAGGGAAUUCCACUCAUGAUACAAAACCUAGUGUUGGAGACGUUUGUCCAGCUGGAGGCCACCACGGUAGCGCGCGAUCUGUUUGUUGCUCAAGAUGAAGGUCCAGUUCAACUUGAGACACAGGACGAAAAGGACUUUCUGGGCCAGACGAAAGCACUUGGUUUUACCAUGGUUGGGGAAUCGCUUCCUGCCGGGCUCGUCCACAUUCGCAAGCCGGAGAAGCUUGUGCCGGAUGACGAGCAGAUGCUCCAGGAAAUUGGGGAUGAGAUUGUGCAUGCAGCACUAGACGAGGUCACUCGGAGACACAGUGAGAAGAGGUGUCAAGAGAUGUCAAGAGAGUGUCCACGUUGCUCGGAUCUUGGUGCUGCAUUUGUCAUGGUCACAUCGCUCACCAAUGCAAUGCCUACACAGUGUUUCCAGGUACCACGCGGAUUCCACGUGCAAGCGCUUUCAGCUUGCCUUCAUGCUCUGGAAUGUCGUUUCUGA